GCUUUCUUAUUUGGGUUUGGGUCUUGACCGGGCCAGCAGCUAGUCAGCAUGCAUUUGCUUCAUUUUUCGCUGUUCGGAUUGUUGUUUUUGAUUGGAUUAUCGUGGUCUCAAGUGGUUCAACGAUUGGAAGGCCUACCGUUCUCACUAGCCGUCUAUCUUGGGGAGUUUAGAUCCCGGACGAACCUGACAUCUUCCGAGGAUGAAUGGCGUGAUCGACUGUGUUUGUACGAGUUGGAGCAGUUUGGCUUAGGACUACGGAACGAGCAAGGAUGGGCACUGCAGAUGUACGAUUCAUGGGGGAAGUUGCCAUCGGGAUUGUUAAGCGGAAACUCGUUUACUCCGGGCAGUUUCGAUCAAUGUCGGCGGCUUUCGGUACGCAAUAGCGCUGGAGUGUUCGACGGACAGCACUGCACUGUGCGGUUGAACCUUCAAACCGUGGAUAAUUCGCUCGAUGAACUGUGGUUGGGUAUGUGCGUUCCGGAUUCGUGCGAAGCAGGAUUCGUAAAACAGCUGGUGGAUCAGUUUGCACUCGAAAACGGGUUUGGAAUAGUGACGGACUACAGUCAAGACGAUUUUUGCUACCGAGAUGAUUCAACGGGGAGCUUAGGUGGGACAACCAUCGCCGCUCUAGUCGUUUUAGGAUUAAUUGCAACCAUUAUGGUGGCCAGCACGGUCGUGGAAGUCCUUGGAUUCAUACUCAAACGGUCGAUUCCCAAGCCAAUCAAGGAGCUAUCUCUCUACUACAAGCUGUUCGCAUUGUUCAGAACGACACCCAAGUCCAAAGAGAAAACCGACACCCUGGACUGCAUCAACGGAAUUCGUUCGUUCAUGAUGCUGCAAAUCAUCAUGUACCACGUUCACGAUGCAAUUCGAACGCUACCGACCACGAAUCACUUGGCCAGAGAAGAAUACUUCGAAUCCGCUAUGGGACUCAUUAGCUACCGUGCUUCGGCGCUGUCGGCGGACAUUUUCCUGGUGCUAAGUUCUUUGCUUUUAACCUACAACGUCCUGAAGGAGGUCACCGCAACCGGAAAGGUUGUCGUGUCGCGGAUUUGGAUCCAUCGCAUCCUCAGAAUCGUCCCAGCUUACGGAUUUCUCAUCUUCUCGGUGGUUGCAUUUGCGGAGUACUUCGGUGAAGGUCCACUGUUCCGCCACUAUGUUCAACCACUAGUGGAUGCUUGCUCCGAUAACUGGUGGUCGGCGAUGCUGUUUGUACAGAACUACGUCAAUCCAGAUCGAAUGUGCUUACCCCACACCUGGUACCUCUCGGUAGACAUGCAACUGUACCUUAUUUCUCCGCUAAUCAUCUACCUUCUUUGGAAAUUCGGCACCCUAACUCUGAUUGGAUUGUCAUUCCUAGUUCUGCUGUCGGUGGCCUGCGUAUUCACCAGCUUCAUGGUCAACGACUUUGUCCUCAAUCCACCAAUGACCCCGGACCGGGAGUUCGAGCGUGAUCGCCUAACAUACUACUCCACUCACGCCCGCAUGGCCGUUUGGUUCUGUGGGAUCGCUUUUGGAUUUCUACUGUUCCGUACCCGUGAGAAGCGAAUCGUUCCUUCACCUGUCAUCCUGGUAGGAGGGUCAAUCGCUGCCACCGCCCUAACCGGGUUCAUCAUGUUCUGUGCCCACGAAAUCUACAAACCACGGGAGGCGGAUCCCCUCGGGGAUGCCUUCUACGAAGCGUUGCACCGGGUCGCUUGGGUGCUUUGUAUCAUGUGGCUCAUCUUCAUGUGUAUCAACGGGCAUGCCAGUGCUCUGGGUCACUUUCUGGCAUGGACGUUUUGGCAACCGGUGGCACGGUUGUCCUACGCGAUGUACCUUAUCCAUUACGUUGUAAUCGCGGUUAGCUUCACGGGAGUUAUCCAUCAACCGUUCUAUUUUAGCGAGGUAAACAUACAAUACGUAAAUCUAGGCGUUAUCGGAUUAAGCGGCGUGUUAUCUCUCGUCUGGUGGUUAUUCAUCGAGCAACCGAUCCAGGUAGCCGAACGAUACGCCCGUGAGUGGAUUCGAAAAUCACGACAAUAAAGCAUUAUAGGUGAUUAC